AUGGGGAUAUAUUGUUACAGAGUCAUGCCGUUUGCCUUAAAAAAUGCGGGGGCGACCUACCAAAAACUACUGAACAAGGUCUUCAAGGAUCAUAAAGGGAAGUCGGUGGAGGUUUAUGUUGAUGACAUACUUGUCAAGAUGCCGGUGCCGGAGUCUCUAGUGGCCAACUUAAAGCCGAAGGAAGGCAAGCCCUUAUACCUGUACCUCGCGGUAACGAAAGAGGCCUUAACUGCCACUUUAGUGCGUAAGGAGGGUAAACAACAGCAACCUGUAUACUUCAUAAGCAAGGUGCUUCAAGGAACGAAACUAAGGUAUACAAUGCUAGAAAAGGUGGCUUUUCACCCUACUGAUUUCUUCCCGGAGGCUAAGACGGAAUACAUCUUGAAGGAGGUACACGAGGGAUGCUGUGGGCAUCACAUCGGCAAAAAAUCCUUAGCUCAUAAGCUUGUUAGAGUUAGAUACUAUUGGCCCACAAUGAUGACUGAUGCUAGUGAGUAUGUGAAAAAAUGUACCAAGUGCAAAGACAACGUGAACUUUCACAAGGCACUAGCAGAAGAGUACCUAAUUGUGGCCAUCGACUAUUAUACGAAGUGGGUGGAGGCAGAGCCACUAGCAAGUAUUUCAUCGGCAAAUUGCUGUAAUUUUUUGUGGAGGCAAGUGAUCACCAGGUUUGGAAUCUCUGAAGCCGCGAUAUCGGACAAUGGGGCGCAGUUCUUCGAUAAUAAAUUUGGAGAGUUCCUAGCAGGUCUUGGUAUCAAGCAAUGA